UGCCAGUUUAAAUCGAUCCCACAAUACUGUGCGCGCCAAUAACGGCUGCUGGUGUGCAGCUUUUGGAUGUGUUAGGUUUAGAUGCGCGCAGCUGUAAGAAUUGUACUGAUUCUGUUUGUCACGAGAGGGCUGCUCGCUUGGACCGAACUGGACCCGAGCCACGAGCAGUAGUAUGGCUGAGCCGGCACAGCAGCAGUCUCCAGCGCUUUUAGCGCAUGGACAGCAACCCCCUACGCCGAGCCGCCACGAGAAGAGUCUUGGGUUGCUGACUACUAAGUUUGUGUCGCUGCUGCAGGAGGCCAAGGAUGGUGUGCUCGAUCUGAAACUGGCCGCUGAUACUCUAGCAGUGAGACAAAAACGGCGAAUAUAUGACAUCACGAAUGUCCUGGAAGGAAUUGGCCUCAUUGAGAAGAAGUCAAAGAACAGUAUUCAGUGGAAAGGUGUGGGCCCUGGCUGUAAUACACGCGAGAUUGCUGAAAAGCUGAUUGACUUGAAGGCAGAGAUUGAAGAACUGGAAAGAAGAGAAAAGGAACUUGACCAGCAGAAGGUCUGGGUUCAGCAGAGCAUCCGUAAUGUCACGGAUGAUAGUGAGAACAGCAGGUUAGCAUAUGUAUUGCAUGAAGAUAUAUGUCGAUGUUUCACAGGGGACACUCUCUUAGCAAUAAGAGCCCCUUCAGGGACGCAGUUGGAAGUUCCUUUUCCGGAAGGGGGUUUAAAUGGACAAAAAAAGUUUCAAAUCCAUUUAAAAAGCACAACAGGAAGUAUUGAUGUUUUAUUGGUGAAUAAAGACACAUCUACCUCUCCUCCUGUGGUGGUUCCAGUACCACCCCCUGAAGACUUGAUUCAAUCCCCACCAGUAAUACCUGCCCCACAGGAGAGACCAGCAUUAAUGCCACGGCAAGAACCCACACACUCCAGCACUCCACAGCCCUCCACACCUGUUGAAACACCAUCCCAGGAACCUGUUCAGACAGCAGCAGUAUCCAGUACAACAGUCAGCUUGCCAAAGUCGGCAACACAGAGCAGCUGUUCCAGUAUAUUAGAUCUCGAGUCACUGAACACACUAUCCACAAGUCCAGCCCCUUCGUUAGAUACACAACCUCUUCAGUCCUCUGCAUCAUUGGACAGCAGUUCAUCUCUUCCCAACCCUUCUCAUUCCUUUGAACCAAUCAAAUCCGAAACAUCAGAAUUGCUUGAAUUUCCCAAAGACCUAACAGACAUGUUUGAUCCUACAAGAGAAUGUAUGGGUUCAGACCUCUUAGAAGAACUUAUGUCUUCAGAAGGUAAGAAGGAAGCAGUGCUAUGUUUGCUCCGCUGCUCAGGUUGUCCCCACCUCCUGGAGACCAUGAUUAUAUAUACAAUUUGGAUGAAAGUGAAGGCCUCUGUGACCUUUUUGAUAUACCAGUCCUCAACCUUUGACAUUUGAACAUUGCUGUUUAACUUUGUGAAUAAGGAUUUACAUUUUUUAUACCAGAUGAAAAUAUCUAUUUUUGGAUUUUUUUUGUGCGAUGAACUAGAAGCAAAAAAUAAGUACUUUUUUAUGGACUUGGAGGAGAAAAAUCAACAAAUGGGUUUGACCUGUUGAUCGACUUGAUUCUUCAUAUUGAGGCUGCUGACCCAGAAACCGCAUUGAUAACAUUCUGCAGUAUUUUGGCAUCCUGUCAUCUUGAAGCACAUUUUAUUUUGACUGGACAUGACAGAACUUGCCAGAGGAUGAUUUCAGGUCACUUUGUCCUGUUCCUUGUUUGAUCCUGCCUGUGGCACACUUAACUUUCGUGAAGCACUAGUUUUGGUAAUUUCUCUUGGGAUUGAACUGCUGCUGCCACCUUCAACUUCAUAACAAUCAUUAGCAAGCCAGAAUGCCAGAUGCUAUUUAAUGUACUGAAGGCUUCCACUGACCAAGAAAUGUAGUGUUACUUGCUCUGAGAUGCCUGCCACUUGAUGUGGACCUUUUUAAGCCAAACUGACUUUGCUGCUCAUCUAAUGAACUUUGAAUCUGUAGCAAAUGAUUUAAUAUUCAUAGCACUGUUUGUUCCCAUCAUUCCUGUAUUUUCUGCAAGCAUAUUCCAUUUCUUUUACUCUAAAAUUAGGCCAGUCUGCACAGUUAAGGAAUAUGUCUGCAGUCUUAUUUCUGAAAUUACCAGUUUUUUUCCUGAGUUCAGAAAAUGUAUAUAUGUGAAUGUGUAACUCGCUGUUAAUACAGGUUUCUCUGUCUAGUCUUGCAACUGUGACUUCUGUGCCUGAAGCCUCAGCCUUUGAUCAGAUUGUAGUUUAAAACGUUACAAAGAGAAAUGUAACAAUAUGGAAACAUUUUUUUCAAACUGCUGUUUCAUUCUAUACCUAACUUUAAAAAAGUAUGACAUUGAGGUUGUCUGUACUUUUUCUGUAUGCCAAGUUCAGCUAGAACCUGCAACUUGUGCUCCCCUCAGAUAGGUCCUUUUAGGGUUGAUGACAGAAUUUCAUUUUAGGUUCAUAUGUAGAUACUAGGCAGUCAAACUAUUAGUGGGCUAGCCCAAACACCCAACAUCAGGAGUUGCUGUCUUCAGAGAGGAUCACACAAGAUAGGGAGAGAAUAAGUGCCAAUCUAGUUGUGUAGGUUAGUCUUUAAGCAAAGUAGUACUGUAUCUACAUUAAUGUGUUGGGUAAUUUAUUCUAUAGGUAGGGAAUUUUCUGAAAUAAAGUGUUAUGUCAGUGUC